GGAAGUUGUGCGUUUAUCCGAAAGGAAACAAGAAAGCAAAGGGGGAUGACCAUAUUUCCCUUUACCUGCAAAUUGUUGACACUGAAAAGUUUCCUGGGGGAUGGGAGAUUCACACAAAGUUUUGUCUCUUUGUGUAUGACCAUUUCAAUGACAAGUAUUUGGCUUUCCAAGAUGCAGGUAGAAAAACGAGGAGGUUCAACUGUGUGAAAACCGAAUGGGGUUUUGAUAAGUUACUUCCAUUGUCUACUUUCAACGACCCCUCUAAAGGGUAUUUGCUCGCUGACACUUGUGCUUUUGGAGCUGAGAUUCUUGCGGUUUCCAAUGCCACAAAACAUGAAUUUCUUUCAAUGGUAAAGGAGCCAAUGGGGCGAUCUUAUACAUGGACUGUGAAAAACUUUGCAGCACAGAAGAGACACCCAUCAAUUUCCUCUGAUCAGUUCAUUGUUGAAGGAAGAAAAUGGAAACUACAACUCUAUCCAUGUGGAGACUCAAGUGAAAAGGACCGAAGUUUGUCCCUUUUCCUGGUUUUGGCUGAUUUCGCGGACCUCACUCCUCUUGCUAGAAAAAUAUAUGCCAAGUUCCUGCUACGGGUUCUUGACCGAGUAAACAACGAGCAUCACGAAGAACAAGUGGAACAGUUUUUUCAUAGCUCUUCUUGCUGCUCUGGCAAUUCCAAGUUUAUGAGUCUUGCCCAGCUGGAGAGUGUUUCCAAGGGUUUCCUGGUAGAUGACUCCCUCAUUGUGGAAGUUGAAUUUAAGCUCUUGUCCAAGUUUUCAUAGAUAUAUGGGAUAUUUACCUAGAGUAGUAUAUAUAUGUGCCCUCGUUUCCUA